UUAACGCGACUCUGACGGGGUCGUCUGCCAUCCUUUCCCGCACGAGAAGCGCCUGACCUUCCAGUGAGGUAAAACUAGGAUAUCAACUCAGAUUAUUACAUGUUGAGGAGGUGACCAUGCUUGUUGUGAGGAAAGCUGCGCAGGCGGCCGCGAGGAAACAUCUCUGCAGGCCGUUCUCUGCCUCACACACUCACCUGCAGGAGAGAAAGGGUCUGGUCCUGGGAGUCUUUGAGAAGGACGGAGAGGAGGAAGGUGGUCACCUGACGGAGGCAGCAGCCAGGUUUGACCAGUCUGUGUCUGGAAAGCUCUCAGAGCUGCUGAAAAUUUCUGGACCUGGUCUCAAGAAAGGCAAAAGCAGACUGUUCUAUGGGAUUCACCAGGACUUCCCCUGUGUCGCAGUAGUCGGGUUGGGCAAAGACAGUGAAGGAGUGUGUGGGGUUGAGAAGUGGGACAGCAGGAAGGAGAACAUCAGGCAGGCCGUGUCUGCUGGCUGUCGGACUCUCCAGGAGCUGGAGGUGGGUCACGUUGAGGUGGACGACUGCGGUGACGCCAAAUCGGCAGCAGAAGGCGCCGUUCUGGGAUUGUUUUCCUACGAUGAACUGAAGUCUAAGAAGAAGACCAGAGUGACCUCACAGCUCCAUGGAAGCGCUGACGUGGACGGCUGGAAGAAAGGCAUCAUUUAUGCAGAAGGUCAAAACCUGGCACGUUUUCUCAUGGAAGCUCCGGCCAAUCGGAUCACUCCGACUGCUUUUGCCAACACCAUGGAAGAGAGACUGGCUCCGCACGCUGAACGAGUCACCAUCAAAAAACGAUCAAAGGCCUGGAUGGAGGAGCAGCAGAUGGGAGCGUUUCUCAGCGUGGCGCGGGGCUCAGAGGAGCCCCCUGUCUUCCUGGAGCUGCACUACAGCGGCUCAGCAGACAGCCAGCAGCCGCUGCUGCUGGUGGGGAAAGGCAUCACGUUCGACAGCGGUGGCAUCUCUCUAAAGCCUUCUCAAUCCAUGGACGCAAUGCGAGCCGACAUGGGCGGAGCCGCCACGGUUUGCGCCUCCAUUGUUGCCGCAGCGGCUCUGAAGCUCCCGGUGAAUAUCGUUGGUCUGGCGCCGCUGUGUGAGAACAUGCCCAGCGGGAAGGCCACUAAACCAGGCGAUGUUGUCACGGCCAAGAACGGGAAGACAAUCCAAGUGGAUAACACAGACGCAGAGGGCAGACUGAUCCUGGCUGAUGCUCUCUGUUAUGGACACACCUUUAACCCCAGAGCUAUCGUUAACGUUGCUACGCUAACAGGCGCCAUGGAUGUAGCUCUGGGCUCGGCGGCAACAGGAGUGUUUACCAACUCAGACUGGCUGUGGGAGCAGCUGCAGCAGGCAAGUGUUGUGACAGGUGACAGAGUUUGGAGGAUGCCUCUGUUCCAACAUUACACCAAGCAGGUCACGGACAGCCAGCUGGCUGACCUCAACAACAUCGGCAAAUACAGUCGUUCUGGCGGCGCGUGCACAGCUGCCGCCUUCCUCAGGGAGUUCGUCACGGCUCCUCACUGGGCUCACCUGGACAUCGCUGGAGUGAUGAGCAACAAAGACGAAGUUCCCUACCUCAGGAAGGGCAUGUCCGGGAGGCCGACCCGCACGCUGGUGGAGUUUGCUGCCGGGCUGGCCCACAGCGGCUGAGAGGAGGAUCAGGAGCAGAUCUGACGAAGAGCGGGACUGUCCUGAGUCAGAGAUCACACAACUAACAACAUACAUAUGAAUAUAACAGAUGUUACAUAGGUAACAUAGAUGAGCUAAUACAGAAUUAUAUUGAGUAUUAGUAUUACACUGUGCUGUGAAAGGA